AUGCCCGCCCUGUCCACGGGAUCUGGAAACGACACAGGUCUGUAUGAGCUCUUAUCGGUGUUGCCGUCUCAGCUGCAGACGUAUGUGGAGAGUGCCGACGACCGCUCUUUUCUCCAUGCCAUGUUCACCGAGAGGAGCCUCCAUUCACUGGUCAAGAUUCAUGAAAAGUUGCAGCAUUAUGAGAACCAGUCUCCUGUCCCGGUUCUGGAUAGCGCCGGUUCACUGGCCCAAGAUCUGACUGAGGAGCUUCAGGGUAAGACCUUAAGUGGAGAGAUCAGGGAACUAGUGAAGCUUCUGUCCAAACCACAUAUAAAGAGUUUGCUGUCGGUCCAUGACACUGUGGCACAGAAGAGCUAUGACCCAGAGCUGCCUCCGCUGCCAGACGACAUCGAUGAAGGCGAAGACUCCGUUAAGAUCAUCAGGCUGGUUAAGAAUAAAGAACCUCUGGGAGCCACCAUAAAGAGGAAUGAGCAGACUGGGGCUAUCACAGUGGCUCGAAUCAUGAGAGGAGGAGCAGCAGACAGAAGUGGUUUGAUUCAUGUAGGCGAUGAGUUGAAGGAAGUCAACGGCAUCCCAGUGGAAGAUAAAAAGCCUGAAGAGAUCAUCCACAUUCUGUCUCAGUCUCAAGGUGCCAUCACCUUUAAAAUUGUCCCAGGCAUUAAAGAGGAAGCUCCCGGAAAAGAGCCUCAGAUGUUUGUUAGGGCUCUGUUUGACUAUGACCCAGAGGGUGAUAAGACUAUCCCGUGUAAGGAGGCAGGCUUGGCCUUCAGGAGAGGGUAUAUCCUACAGGUUAUGAGCCAGGACGAUGCCACCUGGUGGCAGGCCAAACUGGAGGGCGAUGCCAAUCCCCGCGCGGGCCUGAUCCCCUCCAAAAGCUUGCAGGAGAGGAGGUUUGCACUUCGACAACCCACAGCUCAAACCCAAGUUCAGAAGAUCCCUCGCAGAAAAUCAUCUGGUUUUCGGAGGAGUUUCCGUCUCAGCAGAAGAAACAAAAAGACAAAUAAGUCCAUGUAUGAGUGUAAGAAGAGUGAACAGUACGACACGGCCGACGUACCCACCUACGAAGAGGUGGCCGCAUACCGUAGGCCACAGGACGCUAAACACAGACUCGUCGUUUUGGUCGGUCCCACUGGUGUAGGACUGAAUGAGCUGAAGAGGAAAUUGCUGAUAUCAGAUCCACAGCACUUCGGUGUCACUGUCCCACACACUACACGACCAAAAAGGAAUCAAGAGACUGAUGGUGUGGAGUACCACUUUAUUUCUAAACACUUAUUUGAGGCCGACAUCCACAACAACAAGUUUAUAGAACAUGGAGAGUAUAAGGGGAAUUAUUAUGGGACGAACCUGGACUCUGUACGGUCUGUACUGGCCAAGAAAAAGGUGUGCCUUUUGGACGUGCAGCCUCAUACUCUGAAGCAUCUUCGCACGGCUGAAUUUAAGCCCUACAUAGUGUUUGUGAAGCCGCCCUCCAUCGAGCGUUUGAGGGAAACCAGGAAGAACGCUAAGAUUAUCUCAGGAAAAGAUGACAAGGGCUCAUCCAAACCUUUCACGGAGGAAGACUUCCAGGAGAUGAUCAGUACCUCUCAACAGAUGGAAAGCCAGUACGGUCACCUCUUUGAAAAGGUCAUCGUUAACGACGACCUGAACACGGCCUUCAACGAGUUAAGGGCGGCACUGAGGAGAGUGGAAACAGAGACUCACUGGGUGCCAGUCAGUUGGACUCACACAUAAAGGAGGAGAGGAAAACAAGACAAAUUACAGAUCUGUUGAUGGUGAAACAUUAAAGGAAGGACUUGAACACACCUAGGACUUUUAUCAUAGCUAUGGACCGAUCGUUGGGUUCUUAGAG